CGGCCCUGUUACAGCGCUACAACAUUCGUAGACAACCGUUCAGACUUUAGCUGUGCGUUUAAUUUGGCACCAACAAAACUGUUGCAACUUAGCCAAAAUAGACGAACCUGUUUUUAGCACAAAUUGAAUUUGUGGGGUUCGUAUUGAUUAAAUUAUAAGAAUGUUCGCGGGGCUGUCUGAGCUCGGCAUUUCAAACGGGGAUGAUCUGAAGGAAACACUCACCAACUGUACGGAGCCGCUGAAAGCCAUCGACCAGUUUCAGAUGGAAAAUGGGAUUCUGUUGCCAACACUCCAGUCUGCUCUUCCUUUCCUGGACCUCCACGGCACUCCGCGGUUAGAGUUCCAUCAGUCUGUCUUUGACGAGCUCCGUGACAAGUUGAUGGAGCGAGUUGCUGUUAUUGCAGAUGGCAAGGAGGAAGAUCGGUAUGGAAAGCUGGAGGAAUUGCUGGAGAAGAGCUUUCCGCUUGUGAAAAUGCCGUCCAUUCAGCCGGUGGUGAUGCAGGUGCUGAAGCAUCUGCCAAAGGUGCCAGAAAAGAAACUGAAGCUGGUUAUGGCGGACAAAGAGCUGUACAAGGUGUGUGCGGUGGAGGUCAAAAGGCAGAUUUGGCAGGACAACCAGGCUCUUUUUGGGGACGAGGUCUCCCCCCUUCUAAAGCAGUACAUCGUGGAGAAAGAAGCAGCUCUCUUCAGCAGUGACCUCUCCAUUCUGCACAAUUUCUUCAGCCCUUCUCCCAAAACACGACGCCAAGGCGAGGUGGUGUUGAAGCUGACUCACAUGAUUGGGAAGAAUGUGAAGCUGUAUGACAUGGUGCUGCAGUUCCUACGGACGCUCUUCCUACGAACACGAAACGUGCACUACUGCACUCUGAGGGCAGAGCUGCUGAUGUCUCUUCACGACCUGGACAUCAGUGAGAUCUGCUCUGUGGACCCCUGUCACAAGUUUACUUGGUGUUUGGACGCCUGUAUCCGUGAGAAGUUUGUCGAUGGCAAGCGAGCAAGAGAGCUGCAAGGUUUCCUAGAUGGGGUGAAGAAAGGACAGGAGCAAGUUCUUGGGGACUUAUCCAUGAUCCUCUGUGAUCCAUUUGCCUGCAACACCUUGGCUUUGAGUAUCAUGCGGAAUUUGCAAGAGCUGCUAAGUCAGGAAUCCUUACCCAGAGACAGUCCAGACCUAAUGCUGCUGCUCAGGAUGCUGUCUCUGGGUCAGGGAGCAUGGGACAUGAUUGACAGCCAGGUCUUCAAAGAGCCUCGUUUGGAUUUAGAGGUGGUGACCCGCUUCCUGCCUGCAAUGAUGUCUGUGGUUGUGGAUGAUCACACCUUCACUGUGGAACAGAAGCUUCCCAAUGAGGAGAAGAGCUCGCUAACGUACCCCACAGGCCUGCCAGAUGCAUUUAGCAGAUACUUGCUAAACAACAGAGUGGCGUGUGAAAUGGGUCUGUACUACGUCCUUCACAUUGCCAAACUAAGGAACAAGAACGCCUUACAGCGCUUAUUACCUGCUCUGGUGGACUCCUACAACGACAUGGCCUUCAGUGACAUCUUCCUUCACCUUCUGACUGGACACCUCACGCUGCUUUCAGAUGAGUUUGGAUCAGGAGACUUCUGUUCAGUCGUCUUUGAUGGCUUUCUUCUAACGUCUUUCUCCAGCAAAGAAAACGUUCACAGACACGCCCUUCGCUUGUUGCUGCAUUUGCACCAGAAAGUGCUGCCAUCGUACAUGGAGACACUGAUGAAAACUCUUGAACCUCCAAAGCAGUGCAGCGAGCCACUGAAGGAGCUCUACACUCAGCUGACAGAGAAGCUGGAGGCUCACAAGAAAAGCCCCCCGCCUCUAGAAAAAUCUCCAUCGUUGGAUAUGGGGCUCCAUCCUGUGGCCGUGACCCAGAAUGCCUCUGUUCCGACCACAUCCGUCUGAGACGCAAGGAACUGUAGCCGCUGUUUUCUCUGUUUAUUUUACUGUUUCUUCUCAUUUUUGUCUGGAUGUCAUUUUUUUAUGUACCAGUAACUGAAAAUGUGUUUUGUAAUAUUAGUACAGAAAGGAUGUAAAUGUAUUUACAAAGACAUGGUUUUAAAGCUAAGUUGUCACUUUUAAAACAUUUGUCAUGUGACAAAACCUUUUGUCCAGAACAAAAUUGUCCUUAAGACGUGAUAUAGAAACUGAUCAUUCCUUCAGUUAUGGUAACAAUGUGGGGAAAGGUCCUUUUAAUGGAUGUCUACUGUGAGAAUUAGUCUGGGUUUGUGACAUUCUUUUCUGUUUGCUUUCUGUGGACACCAUGCCAGACAUGGGGAUUGUUUUUCAAAAUAAAAUAUUAAGACUUUU